AUGACGUCCUCCAAAUCGUCAAAGUCCUCUUCCUUCAAGUCUUUCCAUUCCGACGACAACAGCGUCCUGGAUGACGUUAGCCAUUUUGAAGAUAUCGGUCUCGACGACGAUGCAAACAAUUACGAAGCCGCCCGUGUCCGCGACCCUCACGCUGUCAAGAACCCCCAUGGCCAGCCGUACGCGAGAUCCUACUCGACGAGUUCCACCGAGUUCCGCCCGACAUCAUGGAAGCGACCUCCCUCUCGCUCUCCGCCCGUGACGAGAGACCUGGCCAAGCCGAGGAGUGCGACCAACGCCGCCGCUGACCUUGCCCCGAACUCCCGCUCUUCACGACCCCCUUUCCUUUCUCUCAAGACCGACGGCCACGCCCUCAGCAAUGGCCGCAGCCCGAGCGCUGGUCGCCUUCCCGACCGUCACAGGAGUCCGGUGAACCCGAGCCAACGAGGCUUCGCGAGCCACUCGACGACCUCCCUCCCCUUCUCUCGCCGAAACCGCAGCCCGAGCCCCAACUUCUCAUUACUUCCGAGAGACCCCAACAUGCCCAUGAAGCUUCGCCGCGGCAGCUGGCAGUCGAAUCAGGACCGAAAGUCAAUUUUUGAGCUGGAAAAGGAGUGUGACGAGGACGACACCGACGACAUCCCCGAUGGCCUCAUCCUCGACAACGUGCCCAUCUCCCCCCGCCCGCGAUCAGAGCGCACACCGAGCAGGCCGACCUCGUCAGGAGCGUCAAAGUCGAGAUCGCCAAACAGACCACACCAGAAAGAGCGCGUUCGCAGUGUCGGGAACGGAACACCCCCUGUCCCUGUUGACUCAGGAUGUCUGCGAUCCCCCUCCUGGAAGUCCGACACAGCCCUCUCCUCCAUUGGGGAAAAUGGCCACGCGCCGCCGCCGGAGCCGCUCAAAACCCGUGCAAAAAGCUGGAACCUCGCACUGGAGCACCUCAGCUCCGAGGCCAAGGCCCUCACCGAGAAGCUCGAGGAGCACUCCGACUACGUCCGCGAACGCGCCGCAGAGAACGCGAACCCCUCGGGGCGUCCCAACACGUGGAGCGGCAAGCAGCUCGAGCAGCAGCAGCAUGUGCAGAAGCCCAGGGUCAAGUCUGCGCUGCCCGAGCUCCCGCCGAUCCGGCACCAGACGAACAUCAUGAUCGACCCACUUCCAAUUUCCAAGGAGAAGGAGGCCGUCCUGAGUCGUACGCGCCCCUCCUGGCUCCCACCCAAGGACCCGGCCGAGGAGAGGCGCCACCUGCGCGAGUACAAGAAGAUGAUGGCGCGCAGCGCCGAGGCGGAUCGUCGCCGCGAGGUUUCGCGGCAGGCGAAGACGGCGACACGCGACUCUACGGCGGACACCCUGCAGCGGAUCUGGGAGGACGACAUCAUCCCCCGAUGGAAGGACGCUGUCCGCGAGCGCCGCACGCGCGAGCUUUGGUGGAAGGGCAUCGCCCCGCGCAGCAGAGGCACCGUCUGGGCGAGGGCCAUCGGCAACGAACUCGGCCUCUCGGAAACGUCGUACAACGCCGCCCUGGGCCGGGCUCAGGAGCUCGAGGAGCGCGUCAACGGCGGCAGAGGCGACUCGGAGGACAUCAGGAAAUCAGCGUGGAUCUCGAGCAUCCGCAAAGACGUGGCCGAGCACACCUGGCAGGAUCUGCGUAUCUUCCAGGUCGGCGGACCGCUCCACCAGAGCCUUGUCGACGUGCUGUCUGCAUAUGCUCUGUACCGCAGCGACAUCGGCUACGUCAAGGGGUGUAACACCGUCGCCGCACUCCUACUGCUGAACCUGCCCACGCCAGCAUCGGCCUUCAUCGCCCUCGCCAACGUCCUCAACCGCCCUCUCCCCCUCAGCUUCUACUCCGACGACCCGGGCGCCAAGGCGUCGGCCUACAACCUCGUCAUGCAGACACUCGGCGCAAAGUCGGCCCAGCUGCACGAGCACCUGACCAAGGACAUCUCCCAGGGUGACGCCGACUUCUACCUCGGCAACUUCUUCAUGGGCCUUGGCACCAGCCAUCUGCCCAUGGACGAGGCCGCGCGCCUGUGGGACGUGUACGUCUUCGAGGGCGACACCGUCCUCGUCCGCGCCGCCGUCGCCAUGCUCAUGCGCCACGAGAUGGCGCUGCUCGGCAUCAAGUCGCCCGGCGAGGCCAAGAAGUACAUUGAAGGCGGUGCCAACAACAAGGACGCCCGCAAAGCCGUUGUCGGCGACGACGGAGCGGAGGACCGAUGGAUGAAGCUGGUCCGGGAGGCGGGCAAGGCUUGA